AUGGUCGACACUGGGAGCUCGGCCGACAUUCUUUAUUUGGACGCUUUCCAGAAGCUCGGGCUCUCUCGUGACGCCCUGAAGCCUUUGAGCUCAGUGCUCACCGGGAUCACCGGUGAAUCAAUUUCGCCAUUGGGCGCGGUCACCCUGCCCCUAACCCUCGGGGAAGUACCGAGGACGAAGACGGUGAUGGCAACCUUGUUGGUAGUCGACCUUCCUACCGCUUACAAUGCGAUUCUGGGGCGCCCCACCCUCAAUAAGCUCAGAGCGGUUAUCUCCACCUACCAUCGGACCGUGAAGUUUUCGACCCAUGCGGGGGUCGGAGAAGCCAGGGGAAGCCUCCGCGAGUCAAGGCGGUGCUACUUGAUCGUGAUCUCUAUGCACAAGAGGAGGAGGGCUGAACUGUCCCUCGAAGACCCCCGAGAAGCAAAAAGGUCGUCCCAACACCCCAAGCCGACGGAACCUACGGUGGAGGUGCCACUACAGGAGGGGCACCCAGAUCGAACAGUCAGGGUCGGAUCGGAGCUUCUUGAGCGGGAGUGA